UGUUUCUGUUGUUCAGAUGAAACUGACCCUAAACCUGUCACACGUGGAGUUCAAGGUUUCAAGGGGAAACGUAAAUUAUUUGAAGCACCAAAACCACAUUACUACUACCACCUGGAAUACAAACUCUUUCCCAAUGACCCUGAUCCAGUCAAAGCUGAUGUUGUUACCUAUGGCGUCGCAGCCAAGAUCUAUACUGAGAGCGAUUCAAAGGUGUUGAAGACUUGGCGUGAUGGCGAUAGGACCUGGGUUACCUGGACCCACAGCCACACUGUAACAAUUACCAAGGAUGUGCUCCUUGGGCUAUUCAGCCAUUCCUUGGAGCUUAAGAUCUGGGACACAAAAGACAAGGUGUCCCCACGUGCACGGUUUGAUAGGCCCAAGGCAUUUCGGAUCCCUGCCUCAAGGGGCCCAGAGGAUUCUGAGGGAAACAAUGGAGGAGUCCAGCAGAUUGUCACGAGUCAACAACAGUCAUUUGAAAACACUCAGCCUAAACAGUCACGCAUUGUUCACUCAGAUGCCGAUAGCCCAAAGCGACACUCUAAGACUGCUCAGGCUUUCCAACCAGUUCUACCCGAUGUAGGAUCUAUUUCUGAUGCUAGCAGAGCCAUAACUGCCCCAUCUACAUUUCGCUCUCAAUCUUUAACCACAAGUCCCUCAACCGCUACUGGUUUUGCCAGUAUGGUGAAAGUUCAAGUGCGAGUUGGUGAACAAGAAACACCCCAGUUCAGUCGCUUAGCAACCCUGGCUGGUGUCACUCCACCGAUGACGGCGGCUGACCUUCAUAGUGCAGAGCAAAAGCAACUACGAUCACAGUCGCGUAGAGAGAGGUCUCCCUCGAAGUCUGAUGGCACAAAAAAGAAGGCUUCACAUACAAAGACAAGUUCUUCCAAGAAGGAUCUUGUAUUAGCAGAAGCUCAUAAAAAACUCCAUGGCACGGCCACACUUUCUGUGAAGAUGUACACAUUCUUCUCUGGAGUAAAAUCAAACACCACCAAGUUAGGCAAGCCUGCAGGAAACAUCGAGGAGUUGCUGCUUUCUGUGUCACUUGAUGAUGAUCUUCUGUCAGAACGUCAGAAGAAAGAGUUGAACCCCAUGGUUAUCAGGGUUUCAUCAGCAAGUGAGCUUCCCAACAAACCUCUGACAUAUAAGCAGCUGAGAGAAAAAUGCAAGCCUGUACAUGUGUCAUACCAGUUCUAUAAACAGCCCCUUCAUGCGAGUGUUGGGCGAGACCACGGCAGUGAUGUCUUCUGGGAGGAUGUGAAUGUGGUCCUUCUGGGAACAUUAGAUAAGGGUGGUCUUGCGGAGUAUCUCCAGGGGCCCCAAUUUCAAGUUGAGGUCCAUGACAGGGACCGUAAGAUUGAACACAAGAAACUGAAGCCCAGUUUGUUUGGCGAGAACCCCGAGGAUGAGAUGAUUAACAACGUUAGUUUGGUUGCAGGUCGCCGCACCACUCACAACCCAUUCUCCAGUCGUGACAAGCCCUGGGAUCCAUACGGCAUUGCGAAGUUUGAUCUGUCAGGGUUGUUACUCGGUCAGACCUACCUGUACCUGAGGUCUCCUAUUCACUGUUGUCCUCUGCCGGACACUCACUCUGGACUCCAGAAACCUGAUGGAACCAUUGUGGGACAACCGGGAAAUGUGGAUGGUCCAGAGGAUAAACCCAUGCCGGUUGCUAACUACUUAGAGUGUGGCAGUGAACUGAAGAUCAAGGUCGAUUUGGCCUAUCCGCUGAAUGCUUCUGAAGAAGACAUGAAAGAUGUAGAAGCUCCUCAAGUUGACGAGUGUCCGUUUGGUCGUGUGAUUUACAUAUUCGAAUACAGGAAUGCUCCUUUUCUCCGGCAAUUACAAUCUGAGAUCACUGCCGUGAAUGCGGAGGCACUGGAACUAGACACGUUACCUCAACAUGUGAUCGAGGCUGCUUUGUCAACAUACAAACUGUCAAGAGAACAGCGAAAAAACAAGCAACUGGACAUUAUAACAGGAUUCCAGGUUUUGGAUGGCCAGUAUCACAUGUUUGUCCUAGAAGGCCUGGCCGAAAAGGGCAUUAGAAGACUAUGGGAGAAACUACCUAGGCCACAGGAAGAGGAUAUCACGAAGUUCAAUGUUCUCUACAACUCCGAGCUGAGGUUUCACGAGCGAUUGUACGCAUCCCUCGAUGUGGACUUGUGCCGAGUCAGACUUCAUGAGCCGCUGGAGGUUAUCGUUCAAAAUCCAUUACUGUACGUGAGGGAUCUGGUACCUAAACCUUGCUUUGACGCACUGGCAAACUUAGACCAGGUUAGGAGUUUGUUUGUUUUUUGGAUAAAAACUCCUGGACUGUUUCCCAUAAUUUACCCUGGAUCAGGUAACCUACUGGUGGAGCCUAGACCCAGGACUACUCGGCCAUGGACGCCAUUGUCUGUUUUCAACUCAGAUUACGUCACACUGCUGAAAGAUCGAGAACGGACUCUUAUAAGGCACGACUUCAUCAGGGAGAACAUUUUAAGGACGCGAACAACAGAACCCAAGAGAAGACCACAGACCAUUGCUGUUGACAUGACUGAAUUACAUCAACAAACCGCGCACAAUUAUAGCAUACAGACACUGAACUCUACUGAACUGGCGAAAGAGAAACUUAGACAAGUUCUUGCAGAGGAUAAAGACCGUCGUUUCACCUACUGUCCUCUGUACAACUCAGCCACGGUUCUACCCAUCCACCCGGAGACUGUGAGAAAACAAGAUCUUAUGGACUCAAAAGAACGGUGGAGAACUGAGAAAGGAUUCAUUUUUCCUGGAAAGAAGACCUCUUUAGUCUCAAACAUACAUCCUAAAAAGCCUGACUCGGCUCGGGUGGACGAAUUACAAAAGCCAUGGAAAGAGAACAUCUUGCACGCUAACAUCUUGAAACCCACAGUAGACAGGGAGAAUUUUCCAUGGGAUUAUCGAGAUACCGACUUAAACUUACUUUCUGUUCCACCUCCGUUCUUUGACAAAAACGCUGUCCUCUCUGUGCACGCCGCUGGUGACACCAAAGAACAGGAAGAGAACGAAGCGGCGGAGAAAUAUACUCGUCAGUGGCAAGAAAGAAUUGUUGUGGACGAUACUAUUUUCCGUACUCAUCGUUGUUUAACGGAAACAGAACUUAGGGACCGAGGUGCUAAAGCCUCAAAUCAGCUUGCGAAGCUGGAAGGACUUCUUAAAAAUCACCCGGAAAAAUUCUCACUUUCGAGGGCAGGACUCACAUUGGAGAAAAUUCCACCGUUGGCUGUGGUCGCUAAUCCCAGCGUCGACACUCCCGCGAGGAAAACUGGGAAAUUAAUUCCAAUCGCGAGGGAUCAAAGGGAAGAGGGAAACUGGGGAUUUUAUCCGGGACCUUUUGAGAAGGAGGGCUGGCUGAUGGAGAAGAAUAAGGUGCCAAUACCUGAUCAAGAGCACGAGAAGUUUAGGAGCCUCAAGGGCCACGAUUUCAGGUUGUACUACAAAGAUAAAAAUAUCCUCUGUCGCCGACCUAUCGAACCUUUAAAGGACGAAGAAAGGGACAACCAUCUUUUUCCUGUUGCGGACAUCUGCAGCUGACGGUUGCUACCAAAUCAUUUUUGCAAUGAUAUCAAUCAUCUCUGCCCACAGAAUCGCUGAAACAUUUUAGAAACGGUGUGUUUCUCACGUUUGUAGGCUUGGAAAUAAAACAACGCGUGCUGUGAAAAACUGUUUCCAUUUCGCAGAAUUCAUAGAUACUGUAUCCUAAAUUAUUUGAAGAGACUUAAAACAGAAACGUGUAGAAUUUUCAUCAUAAAUCUAUUUUUAAUUCUAUCAUAUGUACAUAAAAAAGUCUUGCUCAGUUUACUCGCGGUAUGCAAUUAUAUGUACAGCUACUUUUAUGAAGUAAAAUGAUGUCCUUGGUCUAAAAUAAGUAUUAUGUAUUUUGCAAAAUGUGCAAAGAAAACUCAGGUCGCUUUCUCCAAGGUUGCCUAAUAAAAUAUGCCUCUUGA